CGGCUAUCAUAUUCGGAAUCAGCAUGAUCGAUUACCUAUAAGCUACCGCAUUUCGUUAGAAAAGCGAUUUGACAGUUGGAUAUGUUCCCUCGUUAGUUAAGUUGAGGACUUAAGGAUUGUUAUCCUGCUCUGUCCCCGUUAAAAAGAUUUUGCCGCUUCCUCACCUUUCAGAACCUCUUUAUGUAGAAUGUUUUUCCACUUCAAUAUUGAUAUUGUUAAACUUCUCUUCUCGCUAAACGUCAUGUUUCAUUUCAAAAACAGUUAUAGUAAUACAUACCAGAAUAGAUCGAGAAUUUUUCAUGUUCAUUCUUCCACAGAAUAGAUGACAAAAAUAUUAUUUUGUUGUUUGUGGGUUUAGAUUCGAUUAUUGUUAAAUAGUGCUCAAGAACUCCACUUUGCUAGACUUAUCCAUAAAACAAAAGAAUUUCUGUCCGAAACAAAAAAAUUUAUUAGUAAUAAAUAAGCAUCGAAAUCGUCUCACUAGUACUGAAUGUAUUUCUCGAAUAAAUAUUCGAAAAUAUUUUUGUAAAGUAUAAAAGAAAUGUGUAAGUUUUGGUAACGUAGUUUGUUGGUGAAAAAAUGAAUUUUGAAAAUGAGUAUUAAAAUUUUUUGUCUUAUCUUAUAAUAAUUCGCAAGUUUAAGAUUGUUAUUAGGCAACUCACAGACAAAUAACUUUUUGAAAUUUAUUAUUUUGCUCAUGUUUAGGUCUAACAAGAAAUCAAAUAUUAAUUGAACCAAUGGAAACGUUAUCAUCCACUGUUUCCACUCCACAAAUGAGUCCUAAACCAGCUCUUGUCAAUAGUGAAGAUGAUUCUCAAGAUGGUAGUCAACUAACAACAUCAAAAACACUGAAACAGACCAUAAUAAUUCAAGAUCAAAUGGAAUGUGAAAUAUCGUCAUCAAUAAUGAAUGAUUCACUAACAAUCGAUGAUUUAAGACUAUUAGUUGACUUAUUUUACUUGCCAUAUGAACACGGUCAGAUAGCUAUACAACUUUUACAAGAAUUUCACUGGCUAAAAGUAGAUAAACCGUCACAACUACACACAAAUACAAGACAAAAUUCAACAAAAACUGAGGAAUGGCGUUCUCGGUUAUUAAAAUUUAAUAGUAUACGAAAAUCAAUAGGUAAAAUGGUUCAACGUUUAACAACAAUUCAAAAUCGUUCAUUAUUAUAUGAAUUAUACAAUUAUGCAUCAGAUAUUAAUUCAACGAUUUCUUUAUGCUCACAGUAUCUAAAAUGGACAGAUGACAGUCAAAAAAGGACAUCAGUAUUUAUGGCCGGUGAUCAAGAACCAUGGGUAAAUCGUGGUGGAUUAAGUGCCGAGUUUUUGAACGUAUUACCAAUCGGAAUGUAUCAAAGUAUAUUACGUGAUCAAAAAUCAUUGAGUAUUUACACCGUUCGACCAAUGUUAUCAAGUGAUGAUCCGGUAUUAUACGAUAUAUAUACUCAAUCGUCUUUCAAUCAUAGUUACAGUGAUCUUUUAUCUCAAUAUCCUGAUAUUAUCGCUGAUAAAUCUAUCGGUGGUUAUUUAAUGUUGGAUCGUGAUUGUUGUUUUGUCAUAGAAGAUUCAAAGGAUUCAAUAUGUGGAUUUUGUUUAACAACUCUUGAUAGUCAUUUAUUUGAUAAACAUUUACAGCACACAUACAUACCACAAAUGAUACAAACAUAUACUUCAGAUAAACAUGAUAAUAGUUCAAUAACAACAACAACAACAAACGCAAAUAAUAGUCAGAUACAAAAAAUAUUUGAACCUUUCACAUGUCCACUAUGGCUCUAUGAACGUUUUCCUACUCGUUUACAAUUUUAUUUUUAUCCACAAUGUGACAAUAUACAGAUAAUAUGUCAGAAAUUAUUAAAAACCGUAUUUGGAUCAUUGAAACAAAGAGGUAUUCAAGGUUGUCAUUCAAUAUUAUCUGAAAGUGAUUGUACUACACAUCAACUUUAUUUGAAUGUUGGCUUUUUAGAUUUAUCAUCUAUGGAUAUUAAUGAUCAACUAAUUAUUGUUGGCAAACGACUUUAA